AUGAAUCUCUUGUCUACCACAUCAAAACGUUUGUCAGGUCUCUUCUCCGGACCCAAGACGUCCUUCCAAAUACUCUCUGACCUCUACCUUGACUAUGACUCGCAAUAUCUCACAUUUCACAUCCCAGUGGCAGCACCAUUCCUGAUCCUCGCGGGAAACAUUGGCCGCCUAAUUGACUACGAACAAUACCUCUCUUUCCUCGUCCGGCGCUGCAACCUGCACGACAAAGUCUUCCUAGUGCUCGGUCCUCUAGAAUUUCACGGUCUUAACUGGAUGGACGGCCUGCAGCUAGCGCAUAAGAUGGAGAAAGAGCCAGUCACGAAAGGCAGGCUAGAGGUCCUGUAUGAGACGCGGUCGGAGGUUCCUGGGACGAAUAUCACAUUGCUCGGGUGCACGCUGUGGAGCAAAAUUCCGGACUCUGAUGUAGCGGCCGUGCUGAAGAAGAUGCCGGAGUUCGACGAAAAAGACGGAAUUCAGGACUGGAGCAUUGAAAAGCACAACUCGGAACACAAGAGAGACUACAAUUGGCUCAUCGAAGAAGUUGCCAACCCACAACCAUCGCCUAAGCCAUCGACCGUCGGCACUACGCUUCCAACUCCAACAACAGGCUCAAACACUCCCAAGACUGAGACGCAGAUGGUCGUAGUCACUUGCUUCACUCCGGAACUGCGAGAAAGUUUGGAUCCCUGGCAAGUAGACGCGCCAUGGGCUUCGGCAUAUGGGACGAACUUGCUGGAUGGGUCGCAGUUCAGUAAUGUCAAGACGUGGAUCUCGGGUGCGACGGGGCGGACACAUGAAUUCAAAAAGGCGAAUAUGACACUCGUGAGCAAUCAGCGAGGGCGAAAGGGUGAAAAUGUAACGGGUCUGUUAAAAGACGGGAUGUCAGAGAAGCAAAAAGCUGGGUUGUUCGACGUGAUGCGCGUCGUCAAGAUAUAA